AUGCCCAUCGACGAAACAGUGCUCGACCCUCCGGUCACACCGGCACCGGUCUUCGCCUACCGCGCAUUGAAGGGUGUGUUCUUCGGUUCGCCGGAAUCCUCCCCGGAGAAUGUCUACCACAACAACAAGGAGAAUAUCACGCCCGUCCUCUCGCUGUCGCCUUCGCCGUCGAAGCGGAAACUCGCCCUCGACGCCGCGCUACACUUGACUCCGUCAACCAAGCGCACCAAACGCGACAGUGGCGGCGCAAUUCUAUCACCUACGAAGGGGAUCCUGAGAACACCCGGACUCGCGACUCCGAGGACGAAAGCGUUGAGAGAUGUCAAUGUUAAAUUCAAGAGCGUCAGUCCGGAGGAGGUGGCACAACGGCGCAACCACAGAUUGAAGAUGGAAGGUCCACGACAAGUAGACAAGGACAAGAAGGAAGAGACACAGGCGCCUGCAGUCAAGAACGACAACGCGUCCCUGAAUAAUGGCGGUCUGGUAUGUGCGUCUACGACCAAUACCGCGGGCACCGCCGCCGUGUCUACGUUCACGCCCUGCGCGAUCGAAGCGUACAUCGCCCAGACGGAGAAGGAGAUGAAGAAACUCGUCAAGUACGGACAGAAGAUGAGAGAGUACGCGCGCAAGAAGGACGCCGAGAAUCUUGAACUGAAGGGGAUGAUUGAGGUGUUGAAGAGGGAGAAUGAGAGGUUAAGAAGAAGCUCCGACGUGGGGCUGGGUCAAACCCAUCAGCAGACGGAAAACAAACAGAAGCAGCAGCAGCACCACCACCACAGCGAGUCGGAUACUAACGGGCAUGGAGGUCAAAGGGUUGAAAGUGUCGCGGAGGACAAAGCGAAACGAGCGCAAGGAUACGUGCGAGAGGAAGUCGGUCGCGUCGAGGCUAGAAGCCAGAGCGUACGCUUGCACAGUCAUCAAAGCCUUGCGCACCGGCGGAAAGAAGAGCCGCCGCGAGUGGGCACGGGCACGGGCACGGGCACGGGCACGACGGGGAGCAUGAGCACACAACGACGAACCACAAGAUCUGUAUCGUCGUCGAGCACGAAAAGACAUCAGGUGGUCCAGGGUACGACGGUACACGAUGAAUUUGGAAGGCCAUCCACAAUCGCAUCCUCUCUAGCACCCGCACCGGUACCGGCACCGGCAAAGAUGGACGAAGGCGGCAAUGAGCACCGCACAUCGCUUCCUUUGAGGUCACCAUCUGGUUCUAUGGCGAUUAGAGGCACCAAAGGUACCUUUGAUAGGGAGAUCGGGACCGGGAGUACGCGCCUGCCGCCGGACCGUCUGGCUGCUGCUCGUGAGCGCUUGCGACGGCGCGCCGAGGCGAAGAAAGCCAGCGCCGAGAUGAACGCCGGCGAUCACGACCAAAGUCAUGUCAAGGCCCACGGGCAAAGGGAGGGCGUCUUGAUCGACAACGGAGAAGACGAUGUUGGACCUCCGCAACUGCCACGGCCAGCGAGUUUCGGUCCUGGUCGACGAGAAAGUCACGAGCAGAGUCUGGUGGACUGGGUCAAUCUAUGA